CCGCCCCACCCCCCUGGCCGUCGCGGGACCCGCAGGACUGAGACUAUGGAGGCGGUGGCGGUGGCCGCGGCGGUGGGGGUCCUUCUCCUGGCCGGGGCCGGGGGCGCGGCAGGCGACGAGGCCCUGGAGGCGGCGGCCGUGCGGGCGCUCGUGGCCCGGCUGCUGGGGCCAGGCCCCGCGGCCGACUUCUCCGUGUCGGUGGAGCGCGCUCUGGCUGCCAAGCCAGGCUUGGACACCUACAGCCUGGGCGGCGGCGGCGCGGCGCGCGUGCGGGUGCGCGGCUCCACGGGCGUGGCGGCCGCCGCGGGGCUGCACCGCUACCUGCGCGACUUCUGUGGCUGCCACGUGGCCUGGUCCGGCUCUCAGCUGCGCCUGCCGCGGCCACUGCCCGCCGUGCCGGGGGAGCUGACCGAGGCCACGCCCAACAGGUACCGCUAUUACCAGAAUGUGUGCACGCAAAGCUACUCCUUCGUGUGGUGGGACUGGGCCCGCUGGGAGCGAGAGAUAGACUGGAUGGCGCUGAAUGGCAUCAACCUGGCACUGGCCUGGAGCGGCCAGGAGGCCAUCUGGCAGCGGGUGUACCUGGACUUGGGCCUGACCCAGGCAGAGAUCAAUGAGUUCUUUACUGGUCCUGCCUUCCUGGCCUGGGGGCGAAUGGGCAACCUGCACACCUGGGAUGGCCCCCUGCCCCCCUCCUGGCACAUCAAGCAGCUUUACCUGCAGCACCGGGUCCUAGACCAGAUGCGCUCCUUCGGCAUGACCCCAGUGCUGCCUGCAUUCGCGGGGCAUGUUCCCGAGGCUGUCACCAGGGUGUUCCCUCAGGUCAAUGUCACGAAGAUGGGCAGUUGGGGCCACUUUAACUGUUCCUACUCCUGCUCCUUCCUUCUGGCUCCGGAAGACCCCAUAUUCCCCAUCAUCGGGAGCCUCUUCCUGCGAGAGCUGAUCAAAGAGUUUGGCACAGACCACAUCUAUGGGGCCGACACUUUCAAUGAGAUGCAGCCACCUUCCUCAGAGCCCUCCUACCUUGCCGCAGCCACCACUGCCGUCUAUGAGGCCAUGACUGCAGUGGAUACUGAGGCUGUGUGGCUGCUCCAAGGCUGGCUCUUCCAGCACCAGCCGCAGUUCUGGGGGCCCGCCCAGAUCGAGGCUGUGCUGGGGGCUGUGCCCCGUGGCCGCCUCCUGGUUCUGGACCUGUUUGCUGAGAGCCAGCCUGUGUAUACCCGCACCGCCUCCUUCCAGGGCCAGCCCUUCAUCUGGUGCAUGCUGCACAACUUUGGGGGAAACCAUGGUCUUUUUGGAGCCCUAGAGGCUGUGAACGGAGGCCCAGAAGCUGCCCGCCUCUUCCCCAACUCCACCAUGGUAGGCACGGGCAUGGCCCCCGAGGGCAUCAGCCAGAAUGAAGUGGUCUAUUCCCUCAUGGCUGAGCUGGGCUGGCGAAAGGACCCAGUGCCAGAUUUGGCAGCCUGGGUGACCAGCUUUGCUGCCCGGCGGUAUGGGGUCUCCCACCCGGACGCAGGGGCAGCGUGGAGGCUACUGCUCCGGAGUGUGUACAACUGCUCCGGGGAGGCCUGCAGGGGCCACAAUCGUAGCCCGCUGGUCAGGCGGCCGUCCCUACAGAUGAAUACCAGCAUCUGGUACAACCGAUCCGAUGUGUUUGAGGCCUGGCGGCUGCUGCUCACAUCUGCUCCCUCCCUGGCCACCAGCCCCGCCUUCCGCUACGACCUGCUGGACCUCACUCGGCAGGCGGUGCAGGAGCUGGUCAGCUUGUACUAUGAGGAGGCAAGAAGCGCCUACCUGAGCAAGGAGCUGGCCUCCCUGUUGAGGGCUGGAGGCGUCCUGGCCUAUGAGCUGCUGCCGGCACUGGACGAGGUGCUGGCUAGUGACAGCCGCUUCUUGCUGGGCAGCUGGCUAGAGCAGGCCCGAGCAGCGGCAGUCAGUGAGGCCGAGGCCGAUUUCUACGAGCAGAACAGCCGCUACCAGCUGACCUUGUGGGGGCCAGAAGGCAACAUCCUGGACUAUGCCAACAAGCAGCUGGCGGGGUUGGUGGCCAACUACUACACCCCUCGCUGGCGGCUCUUCCUGGAGGCGCUGGCUGACAGUGUGGCCCAGGGCAUCCCUUUCCAACAGCACCAGUUUGACAAAAAUGUCUUCCAACUGGAGCAGGCCUUCGUUCUCAGCAAGCAGAGGUACCCCAGCCAGCCGCAAGGAGACACUGUGGACCUGGCCAAGAAGAUCUUCCUCAAAUAUUACCCCCGCUGGGUGGCCGGCUCUUGGUGAUAGAUUCGCCACCACUGGGCCUUGUCUUCCGCUAAUUCCAGGGCAGAUUCCAGGGCCCAGAGCUGGACAGACAUCACAGGAUAACCCAGGCCUGGGAGGAGGCCCCACGGCCUGCUGGUGGGGUCUGACCUGGGGGGAUUGGAGGGAAAUGACCUGCCCUCCACCACCACCCAAAGUGUGGGAUUAAAGUACUGUUUUCUUUCCACUUAAA